AUGUCUGAGCAAGGGUUUCCCUUACUGACCUGGGAGGAGGUCCAUCAGAAUCUGGUGCUGUCCAGCCGCAGUCGAUCAGCUGUACCGGAUCUCCUGGGUGCCAACAAAAUCGCUUCGCUUCUGUCUGCAUCCUCAUACUUACUCCCAGAACGCUCUAUUAGUCCAGAAACAGCGACACCUCACCCUCGAACGCAACUCUACGGCGGCUUUUAUCUGGAAGAUCCGCCUGGUGGGGAUCAGCAGCCCGAAGCGUCCAAACAUAAGUCCUCGAAACGAACCAGAACAGAUAUCGAUCCCACGGAUGGCUCGCUCUCAAGAAAACGAGGGCGACCUCGCAAGUCAGCUGGCGAAGGAGAAGAUCCUCAUGAGCGACGUCGAAUGCAAAUUCGACUAGCACAACGGGCCUAUCGUUCCCGCAAGGAAGCCAGCGUUUCUUCCCUCCAAAGCCGCGUUCUUAAGCUUGAGAGUGCAGUGGAGCAGAUCAGCGCAGCUUUUUUGUCAUUUAGCGAUGAGCUGAUCCAAUCCGAGGUCCUGGCCUCCGAUCCUCGCUUGACCCUCCGUUUACGGGACACUGUACAGCUUUGUCUAUCUUUGGCAAAAGGAGCCAACAUGACAGGAGAUCAAAAUAUCGCUACAACCGUGUCAUCCCCCAGCGAAGAAAGCCACUCGUCUUCAGAGGAAAUGGGGCCUCAGCGUAGGCAAACUUCUCUCGCAACGUCGCCUCCUUAUAGAGAAUCUACUGAAAGCGAAGAUUCGGGGACGCUACAAGCUACCGGCUUCAUGGGAACAGCAGAAGAUAAGUAUCCCCACGAGGCACCUUCCCUGGAUCUGAGCGCCUUUAUUGAACGGCUUCAUUUUGCGUGUCUCUAUGAAGGCUACUCAGCUCUCAGCGAUACCGCUGUUGGCAUGGACAUUUUACAGAGACCAUUUCGAUUUCUCCUUCGCUUGAUGGAUAGGAAACGUGUAACCUCUUACUUUGAAGCCUGCUUGCAUGCAAAAGCCAGUCGGAAGCGCCUGGAUGAGUGGAAAGAGAUACCAUACUUCAAAAUCGGUGGCGCUGGUACCCACUAUCCUCGCAAGACAAAGGCAAGCUCAAACGAAACUCUGCCGCGAUGGGAGAACAUCCAAGAUCCCACGUCAGAGCUACCGCAGGAGGUCCAGCAUGAGCUUGAUGGUGAGUGGUUUGAUAUACAGGAUCUAGAGGGAUUUCUCCUGGAAAAAGAAGUUGCAUUUGUCGUGGGCGAUACGAGCAACUCCAGUGAUAAGCGAAACGUAGUGAACGCGGCACGUUUAAUUCAAGAGUUGUUAAAGACGGGCAUCUGCCUUGGCCGGACGCCGGGUUUCCGUCGUAAGGAUGUGGAAGAGGCAAUUCAUGUAGCUAUGUGUUCAUAA